AUGCCACGCUUUCUCUGUUUGCCCGGAUACCUCCAAAGCGGGCGUGUCUUUGCAGAAAAGUUGUCCGGGUUGCGUAAAAUGCUCACCAAGAAACUAGGCUACGAGCUCGAGUACAUUGACCCGCCCAUCUUGAUCCACAAGAAAGAGCUGCUUCCAUUCCAGCUUGGAACUGACGAGACCGAAAGUGAGCAGAGGUGGAACGAUCUAGUCUCAAAGAACGUUAAUAGGUGCUGGUGGGAUUAUCACGAUGGGAUCUACGAGCAUUUCCAAGAAGCAUACGACUACUUGGUAGACUAUAUUAGAAAAAACGGUCCUUACGAUGGGAUCUUGGGGUUUUCUCAGGGAGCUGCCAUGGCGGCCAUCAUGGCUAACACGAUUGCUUCUCACGAAGGGCUAGCUGAAUUUAAAGUGGCCGUUUUGUUCUCUGGAUUUGCAUUUACUAUCUCCAGCAGAGAUGCCAAAACCGAUGAGGAGCUGGUGGACGACUUCGCUGCGAGACUGUCGUUGAAUAAACUGUACGAGAAGUACUAUAAAAGAGGAAAGCUGGACACGACGUUUGUUUCCAUUUACGGAAAAGAGGAUGCAGUUGUCCCGCCAGCGAGGUCUCAGUACUUGAACAGGUUGUAUGGAAACGCUGUGAAUGUCUUCACACAUGACGGUGGGCAUUUUGUGCCGAAUAAGAAGGAUGUAUUGCAGCCCAUUGUGGAUGUAAUAUGGGGAGCCAUCGAGUUAAAGCCAUUCCUUUGA